AUGAGUGAAAUAGGAUUUAUUUCUCACCCUCCACCUGAACCAGACUUUUGGAUUUAUUUUGCCAAGUAUUUGAGAAAUACAUGGGUUCAGUGGGCUAUUGUAUUUGUUCCUUUUAUUCUUUUCGCCCUCUACUUAAAAUUAACAAUGCCCUCUUUUCAUGUGAAUGAAAAGGAACAUUCAGAGGAACAAUUUCAAUUUAGGGAUAUGAAGGAAAUUAGAAAAAGGAGGAACACCAUGAGUAAUAAUAGUUUAUAA